CUGGGUUUCGUCCUCUACCAGAACGACCGGUUCUUCAGGUCCAGGAUCUAUAGGAGUCGUCACGCCACCGUCAGGGUGCUGUCGGCCACGGUCGGAGGUCGUGAGCGCAGCGUGGUGCCACAACAUGUGGAGAUACAGUUCAGACCAACGCUGUUGAACAGGACGUCUCUGUACAACUUCGCCUGUGCUUUCUGGAACUACAGCAAGGAGGACUGGAGCACUGUCGGCUGCUCCAAAGGAAACGCCUCGGACGGAGUCCUCCGAUGUUUCUGUAACCACACCACCAACUUCGCCGCUCUCUGGUCUUUCAGGGAGGACUAUGAGUACGCAGAAGCUCUGGACUGGAUUUCCUUGGUUGGACUGUCUGUCUCUGUUCUGGGUUUGGUGGUAACGAUCAUUUACCACAUUAAAGACAAUUUUCAGAAAAAGUCUCGUCAGAACAACAAGAACUCAAAGAUGGCGCUGCUGUGUAUCUACGUCAGCCUGCUGGCCUUCAUCAUCACCUUCCUCUCUGGUGUGCAGAACUCCCACCGGCAGGACGUGGGCGAGGUGCAGACUCAAACGAACGCCAUCCUGGACUCUGACGAGCACGUGGAGCCGGACAGCGGCUCAUGCACAGCAGUGGUGGCUCUGCUUCACUUCUUCCUGUUGGCCACCUUCAUGUGGAACAGUGUGUACGCCACCCAGCUGGUGCUGCUGGUCAGGACCAUGCACAGCAGUCUCCCCCCACACUGGACUCCGCUCAGUGUGGCUGUGGGAUGGGGAGUCCCAGCUGUUGUCAUGGCGAUCACACUGGGAGCUACCUACAGGGUGGACAAUCCUCUGGGAUACAGACAGGAGGAAUUCUGCUGGCUCGCAGGACUGGACAGGCACAAACAUUUUGACUUUCGGAAACCGAUGUUCUGGGGGUUCAUCCUUCCUGUGGGUCUGAUCCUGAUCUACAACAUGGUGCUUUUGGUCCUCACCUGCAUGUCCAUCUGCAAGACAGACCCCCGCCUCGCCAGCACCAGUCAGUCUCUGGGGAAGAAGUUCCUCACCAGUUUCUCUCUGGCUGUGAUACUGGGUGUGUCCUGGUCUCUGGGAUACCUGGUCCUCGUCUCCUCAGAAGAAACACACCUCACCUUCAGCAUCAUCUUCUGCCUCUUUACAACCACACAGGGUCUUCAGAUCUUCGUCCUCUUCACAGCCAGAAAGCCGUCGUUCAGAGCCACCGUCUCCCGCUCUGUGCAGUACGUCGCCUCGGUCAACGACAUGCUCCACAUGACCACGUACAGUCUGCAGAGGGUGUGGACGGGAAGGUCCGAGUCCGAGUCCGAGUCCUACAGAGACCUGAGAGACGACUGCACGGCCAGCAGCAAGACGCCGAAGGUUUCAUCACCAGAGGUUCAGGACGAAGAUCUGAACACAGACAUGUAACAGAGGAGGAUAUCAAUCCUCCUGGCAGCUCCAACAGAGACACAAACCUGAUCAACAUGGCUGCACA